UGUAAACCUUCUGUAUGGAAAAAAGUUGUUUCCCGCCACGAUGGCCGGUGCGGGGUAUGCUGUUAGACGUACACUUGAUCUUCUCGCCAAGACAAAUACGUUUGCCUUUUUAAAUCACACAGCGACACUUAACCCGUUAGUAAUCUCUCAAUGCAAUGGAAUAGAGCCAUUUGCGUUCGGGGAAGCAUGGUUGGCUUAUAAACCGUCUGGAGAUUACGAUGCAAUACCAUUUGGAUUUUUGUUUCAGGACGGUAUUGAAUGUUUGAUAGAUAUGGUUUUAGAGCUUGAAAAAGGAGACGCAGAUAAAUAUAGCUCAACUGAAAACACACAUGAUGCUGAAAAGAAAGCUUCAGUAGCAUGUAUAAAGAAGUACCUGACUGAAGAUUUUGAAAAGCAUGAAAAAUGCCUUCUUUCAUUGGAAGAUUUGGAGUCUGAAGUGCAGGUAAAAGCUGUCCUUGCAGUUCAUCUGUUUGCACCUUUGAUUCCUGAUUCACCAGGUGUGAACAAGUAUGGCAUUGAUAAACAACAUUUUCCUAAAGAUGAAGGUCAAACGAAGUGUCCAACAUGUGGUGAAAAGCUGAGGUUUACUGAUACAUCAUUUGGGCACAGUGAAGUCUGGCAUGGCUAUACAGAUAUAAUUUUACAAAAAAGUGCUGUUAAAAGUGCUGUUACUGUAAGCACAAAGUUAAAAGAGAGCAGUGAGACUAGAAGAUGGACCAGACAAGAAGCAGAACUUGAUGAAAUUGAAAGUGAUUCAGAUGCUAGUGUCAGCUCUUCCAGCUCCAGUUCUAGCUAUUCAGCUGUUGAGGACAAUAAACAGUUCAAUAAUCAAAAACAAGCAGAGGCUCGUGCAUUAGCACAAACUAUAACAAAUGCAUUCUGUGAACAAAGUUACAGAGAUAGGUUUAAACCAUCUUUUUUGGCUACAAAUGAAAAGGUAAAAAUAUUCAUGUACUGCUGUGACAAAGAUGUUCUUCUUGAAACUGAUUACAUGUCUAUUUUAGAAAAGAAGUCGGUAAGUAUUAAAUGUCUGACUUUAGUAUGGUUGGCACUUAAUUUUGACUUCUUUCAGAGGGUAGACAUCUUCGAUGAGAAAUCAAAAAUACAAAUCCAUUAUAAAUGGCCAGUAUCAAACUUCCAAAAAAUUAUAGGUGAAGCUCCUUUAGAGCUCUAUCAAUAUAAAGCAUGUAGACCUUUGAGACCUGGGAGGAAUGAAGAAGUAGGAGAAAGAAAAAUGGGUAUUCAUGAGGAGUUUUUCAGGCUUGCCUUAAAACAAAGAGAUGUAUAUCAUUUAGAGAAGCACAUUGAUAUGUGUGACCAGCUGAAAAAAUUCAGAAAUUCAAGAAUAGAGGACAAAUCUUAAGGUAGCAACAGCAAGUGCUUUACAAAUAAGAAAAGAAGGAAAGAGCAGAAAUAUCGGAACAAUAGAAAGUGUUUUCAAAAGAUGGAAAGAGACUGAGCAACAGCAAGUGAUUUGGAAGUGAUUUCGAAAGAUGAAAAGAAUAAGAGAAAAUGUAACAUAGAAUUAGAAUACAGAUGUUUUGUAAAUUUGAGAAGAAAAAUAUAACAACUUUCAA